AACAGAGCUCAUCCCGGCUGCUGGAGGAGUCAGUCUGAAAGUCUGACAGUUCAACUGCGGAUGCUUGCAGCACAGGAAAUGCCUUGUGGACUGUUGUUUGUCAUUUAGCGAUUUCUCUUCUCUGGGGGGAUCUCUCUUGUUUAUCUGAUCACCGAUCGUGAGAGGGGAAGAAAGUCCGUGGAAUAACUGAAGCUACGGGACAUCUAUAGCCUACAGUGCGCCGGGAUGCUCGGGAUCAGUCAUUUCACUUUGGCAGCAGCUGCUGUGCUGCUGUCCUGCGUGCUGUCCUUCAACGUGGACCAGAAAAAUGGUUUGUCAUUCAACGGGCCACUGGAGGACAUGUUCGGCUACACUGUCCAGCAGUUUGAGAACAGCGAGGGGAAAUGGGUUCUUAUUGGUUCGCCCCUUUCUGGCCAGCCGGCGAAGAGGACAGGAGACGUCUACAAGUGUCCUGUGGAGGGAGGGCCCGACGCCUGCGUCAAACUGGAGCUACCGAAAAACACAACAGUUCCCAACUUACAUGAAGUCAAGGAGAACAUGACCAUGGGAACCACGCUGGUGACCAAUCCCAACGGAGGGUUUCUGGCCUGUGGUCCCCAGUACGGCUACAUGUGCGGGCAGCAGCAGUACAUCUCAGGAGUUUGUGCGAAUGUCAGCGAUUCCUUCCAGAUCCUCAACUCUGUGGCACCGGCUGUGCAAGAGUGUGCGAAGGAGCUGGACAUUGUGAUCGUCCUGGAUGGAUCGAACAGUAUCUACCCUUGGACCAGUAUCAUCGAUUUUCUGCGACGUUUCAUAGAAAACAUUGAGAUUGGGCCCAAACUUUCGCAGGUGGGGAUCGUGUCCUACGGUGAGACUGUGACUCACCGUGUCAAUCUGAGCCAGUUCGACAACACUCGCAAUCUGCUGGAUUUCGUAGAAGAACUUCCUCAGCAGACCGGAUUCAAGACCAUGACUUUCCUGGGCAUCGAUACUGCCAGGAAGGAGGCCUUCAUGCCGGAGCGUGGUGCUCGACCUGGGGUGAAGAAAGUCAUGGUGAUUGUGACUGACGGAGAGUCACAUGACUUCCAUAAUCUGGAGAGGGUCAUCGGAGAUUGUGAUGAUGAUGACAUCGAGAGGUUUGGCAUUGCUGUUUUGGGAGACUACAAUCGUCAGAACAAAAGUGCAGAUGAAGUGCAUAAGUUCAUCCAUGAGAUUGAGUCGAUCUCCAGUCAGCCGUUACAUGAUCACUUCUUCAACGUGUCCGAUGAGGUGGCGCUGUUGACCAUUGUGGAUGCUUUGGGAAGCAAGAUUUUUGCUUUAGAAGCUACUUCCGGCAAUUUCACCUCCUCCUUUGAGAUGGAGAUGUCCCAAGCAGGGUUUAGCGCUCAUACUGCUAAAGACGGUGUGUUACUGGGAGCAGUGGGAGCGUAUGACUGGAACGGGACAGUGGUAAUGCACACUGCUGGAGGAACAAUCAUUCCAGGAAAGACUCAGUUCUUCGACCCAGAGACUGAGGCCGGGUACGAAGGACUUGCUGGGUACCUCGGCUAUGAUGUUCAGUCAGCGUCCACCCCUGAUGGCGAGCUGUACAUCUCAGGUGCACCGCGGUACAACCACACAGGCCGGGUUGUUAUCUAUCGGCUGGAUAAGAAGAACAACAUUGUCGUGUCGCAAAUACUGAAAGGAGAACAGAUUGGUUCGUACUUUGGCAGCGUCCUGCAGACCGUUGACGUGGAUGGAGAUUCUUACACGGAUCUCCUCCUGGUCGGAGCUCCAAUGUACAUGGGCACAGAAAGAGAUGAGCAGGGACAAGUCUACGUCUACAAACGAAACCAGGACUUCCAGUUCAUGCACGAGUUCACUCUGAAGCCUGUCAAUCAGUCCUGCUGUACGGCCCACUCAGCCACCUGCACUAAUAAAAAUGAACCGUGUGGCGCUCGGUUUGGUACGGCCAUUGCAGCCGUAUCGGAUCUCAACCUUGACGGCUUUAAUGACGUGGCGAUCGGUGCACCUUUAGAGAACGACCACCGAGGGGCCGUUUACAUCUACCACGGAGAUAAGACGUCACUGAAAGAGAAGUUUGUACAGCGUAUCCCUGCAGGUGGUGACGGUGAAAAGAUGAAAUUCUUUGGUCAGUCCAUACAUGGAGUCAUGGAUCUGAAUGGUGAUGGGAUCACUGAUGUUACCAUAGGAGGUUUAGGAGGGGCUUCUCUAUUCUGGUCCAGAGAUGUUGCGGAGCUCCGUGCCAACAUGACUUUUGAUCCUGUUAAAAUCAACCUGCAGCAGGCUCAGUAUCAGUGUGACCACAAGGGACGCAAAUCUGUGUGUGUGAAAACCGAAGUGUGUUAUGCCUACAGUAUCAAAUCCGACAAGAAGGACGUGAACACUGCUGCAGAGAUCCGCUACAGUCUGACUCUGGAUGCUCUGCGUGCGAAAGCCAGGGCCUCAUUUAUCGACUUGGAUGAUAAAAGUGAUCGUAAGAUAACCAGGAACUUAACCAUCAAAGACAGAGAGCAAAAAUGUGUGCAAGAAACCUUCAUCAUGUUGGCCCGGCCAGACUUCCGAGACCCAUUGUUGGUGUCUUUAGAGUUUGCACUCGCUGAUGAAGAAAAAGGCCCUGUCUUGGAUGAAAGCCUUCCCAGAUCCAUCAAUAAAACAAUUCCUCUUGUGGACUGUGGAAGUGAUCAGAGGUGCAUCGCUGACCUCUCUCUCAAAGCCGUGCCGAGUGUCAAACAAAUGUUGAUUAAAACAAAGAAAGACAUGAUCGACGUGAACAUCAACGUGAGAAACAGCAAAGACAAUGCGUACAACACUAAAGUCAUCCUCAGCUUCACACCCAACAUCAACUUUGGCAAAGUGGAGCCGGAGAAGUCGUACUCUCUGGAAGACACAACGCUGGAGUUAGCUGUUGGAUAUCCCUUCUUGGGAAGCAAUAUGGAGGAAGAUUUCAAAGUGAGAUUUGAGGUAAAUCGCCUACAUAUCCAGGAGGUAAUUCAGAUCAAUGUGACAGCUACAAGUGACAGCGAAGAGCUGAAUUCGACUCUGCAUGACAACUCGGUGCAAAUCUCCAUCCCUGUGAAGUACGACGCUGGACUCAUAUUCUCAGUGCGGCAUGUGGAUGAACACAUCGUGGUAAAAGAGGGUGAACAGUACGCUACUGAAAUCAAUGACACCUGGAUGAUCGGAGAAGAGGUCAACAUCAGCUUCACGGUGGAGAAGUCAGGUGAUAUGGUGACUCCUCCCCUUGACCUGACAGUGAUGUAUCCUAACAUGUCGCCUCGGAAUAAUGAAUUACUGUACCUGACAAACAUCACCACCAGCUCAGAGGUCGUCUGUGACACACGGUGGGUCAACCCUUAUCAUAUCAACCCGGAGAAUAGAUAUCCCAAUCCAAAGAAAGAAACACUGAGUGUGUACCUGCUGAGCUGUGAAAACCUCGACUGUGCAAUAUUUAGCUGCUCCAUCCCAGAGGCUCACAUCAGUCAGGUCAACGUCACAUUCAGAGUGUGGAAACCUACGUUCAUCAAGGGGGAGUUUUCCAGUCUGCACAUGUUGGUGAACGCCACGCUGGGGAUCAGAAAAACAGACCUGUUUGAGCUGAACAGCAGUGACAGGACACGAAGUGUGAAGAUCCAGGUUUCGAAGGAGAGUUUAGGAGGAAUCCCUAUUUGGAUCAUCAUCAUCAGCAUCCUGAUAGGAUUGCUGAUCUUAGCACUCGUCAUCUUUGUUCUUUGGAAGAUGGGCUUCUUCAAGAGAAAAUCCACUGACUACUCAAAGGAGGAAAUGAUGGACUGAUGCAUCCAGACGUUCAGCAGCAAGCAGCCAUGUGACCGACUGCUUCCCCAGCCAUCAGCUCGCACAAAGUGAUGGGCUGGCUUUAAAACAAAGAAGUUGGACAGACGGAGGAGACGCCAACAGACCCACAGACACCUCAUCGCUACGACACAGUGACGACCUGGAAAACCCAAACCUGGACCUCAAAUAAUGUUUGCAAAUACUGCACAUGGUUACAACAAUGGGGCUAUUCAGAUGGUCUUAUACACAGAGAGAGCGCUGUAACAGACACUUUCUUCGUAUAAAGUCGUUGGCACUCAUUGUAUUUGCAAAUACUAUUUGUCUUUCCUGCAGAUAUACAGUUACAUCAAAUCCGGUCAAGCAGUUCAAGAAGAGGAGCAAGAAAUCACUUACCAGGCAUCUGUCGGCCAAGUAGCAUCUAUCUGUAUUACAUACAGCAGUUUUACACAACCAUAAGAGCUACAAUAGCUGCAUUUCAGCUUUAGAGGAAAAAAGUACUCAGGUUUUUUUCUGUAUGAAGAUCCAAUGUCGCCUCACAUACUUUCCAAAGGUCUCCUCGCUUCUGAGGCACACAUUAUGUGAACUUUACAUGUGUUGGAGCAGCCUGUCUGAUUGUUUUAAAGCUUGUGUGCUUGAUUAGUUUUAUGAAACACUGUAUCUUUUGGCAUUUUAUAUAAUUUUGUUUUUGUUUGUUUUGCUGAUUUUUAACAGUAUAACAUGGCACAUCCUUCAUUUCAAAAUGUUCGCUAAAGACACUGCCCUGAUUUACUUCAAGCAAAGGUGCAGUCUGUAUGCUUUUAUUUUUAUAUUUUUAAUCUUAGUUAACCAAUUCAAAAACCAAAAAAACAAUCUCGUCCCAACUCUGAUGUUAAAUGUUACUGAGGGAUACAGAAAGCUGCGCCUUCAAGAUCCAAAACUUCUGAUUGUACUGUAAAUAUAAUGCUCAAAAUGUAAAGCUUAAAAAAAUGUACAUAUUUGUGUUUGCUAUAAUUCAUGUAAUUUAAAAGAUGUUAUCCUUUUUUUGUGAUCAGAGAAGAUGAUUUUUGCUCAGGUGCUACAAGUAUCAUGAAUGAUGACAUUAACAUUUGACAUAUAACAAAAAUGAUCUGGCCUAUCUCACAAUUCCAACGCUGAUGCAAAUAUGUAAAUAUUGUUAUAUUUUGAUGAGAAAAGUAUAAUUAUUCUGUACUGAAGAUGAGGGUUUGUAUCCACUACUUUGGUUUUAUUUGACUGAAAGCCUAAUGAAUGACUGUGUUGAGGUGAGAUACGACUGUAUUUUGAAUUUUAUUUGCAAAAUGGAAGGUAAAACUUCUUCAGAUGUAGAAAUUUAUGUCACUAUUCACCAGCAGUUGCCACAGAUUAAUUCACUGUUAGGUGGUUUGUAGCAUAGAAAAACUACAUGUACACAAAGCAUUAGCAUACCGUAGGCUUAAUGUCACCCCGUAUGCGGUACACAGUACCUUACAAAGUUAUUCCUCCAGGUUUUCUGUCUUGUUUUUGUGUCCAGAAGUUGCACAGCUACACUAAGAGAUUAUAUUGAUCAGUGGGGAGACUGAGUUUCUGCCUCUUUCUCCAUUUUCUCCCUCGCUGUCACACAAUUGCGCUGAGGGAAGACGGCAAGAAGAAAAAGAAGAGGCAGCUUUUUGAUAUUUAAAUACUCCUCAGCUCUCACUCUCCACUGUCGACAUGAAGCACAUGUAAUAAAUUGUAUGUACAGAAUGUGUAACUGUUGUACGGCUACAUCAGGCUUAUGCACGAGGGUGUAGUCAUGAGUCUCUCUUUGUUCACUUGAGGUGGUAUCAGAUUGUUUUUCUCAGAUCUUACACCUCGAUUAAGUUCUGAGAAGUAGUAGAAGCACAAAGUGAGAGUUGUGAGCUCCACCCCAGCCUUCUACACUGCUGUGAAGUCUUCAUUGUAAUGCACUGGUUUGUCAGACUGUAUGCGUCCUCAUCAGCACAGAAAUUAACUGAAUCUUAUGUACAAAAAUAAAGACUUUUUACAAAGAAGUGCUUGAUUG